CAUCUUUUAACAAACGAUCCCUAUUUUUUUCCGAGUUUGUCAAUUUUCAGAUCUGAAUUUCUCGCCCAAGCCAUUGUCUUGUCUGUAACUCUAUAUACUGUAUAGUACUACUUUCUUUCUUUCUCAUCAACAGACAACAAACACUUUACACUCUCUCAUCAAUUCAUCAUCAUCAUCAAUUUCAUCAUCUAAAUUCUAAACAAUGAAAUCUUAGAUGCACACAACAACAACAACAACAACAAUGUCUUCCCCUCUCUCACCAUCUUCUUCCCCUUUCAAACACACACACCCAUCUUCUCUCUCCUCCAUUGACAACAACAACAACGACCCUCUCUCCUCAUUCUCUUCUGACCCAAUAUUCUCUCUCUUCCUCUCACCAUCUUUCUCCUCCACCCACUUCUCCUCUCAAGCUCUCUCCUCUGGCUCCGCCGCUUCCACCGCCGAACGUCUCCAAGACGCCAUUCGUCUCCUCGAAACUCAACUCCGAUCUCAAGUCUUAACCCACCAUGAUCAUCUCUUCUCUCAACUCUCCUCUCUUAACGACGCUGAUUCCGCUCUUUCCCUCGUUCGAUCUUCCGUUUUCUCUCUCCAAUCCUCCGUUCGUCGUAUCCGAUCUCAAAUCACUGACCCAAAUAACCUAAUCAAAUCACAAACCACUCAGCUAACUAAUCUCCACUCUACUUCUCACCUUCUUCAGUCCUCUGUUAAGCUUCUUCGUUUAAUUAACAAACUCAGGAGUCUUAUGUGUGUUGAUGAUAAUAAUAAUACAGGUGAAGAAUUGUUGGACAUUCUUAAGGCAGCUCAGCUGCAUUGUGAGAUUAUGUGGAUUUCGAAUAGUAAUGAUCUUUCAGGUAUAGAAGCUGUGGAUGAGGAAUUGAGGUGGGUUUCUGAGGCUGGUGCGAGGUUAAGGUCUGAAGGGAUGAAGGUGUUGGAGAGAGGGUUGGAAGGGUUGAAUCAAGCUGAGGUUGGAAGUGGGUUGCAGGUGUUUUAUAAUCUUGGAGAGCUUAGAGGGACUGUAGAUGGGUUGGUUGUUAAGUAUAAGACAAUGGGGGUUAAGAGUAUUGUUUCUGCUUUGGAUAUGAAGGCGAUUUCGGCUGCUGUUUCGGCUGCUGGGUUUGGUGGGCCUGGGGGGAUUCAGAGGAGUGGUACUCCUCAGAUUGGAGGGAGUGGUAAAGCUAAAGACGCGCUUUGGCAGAGGAUGAGUGGGUGUAUGGAUCAGUUGCAUUCGAUUAUGGUUUCGGUUUGGUUGUUGCAGAGGGUUUUGUCUAAGAAGAGGGAUCCUUUUACUCAUGUUUUGCUGCUGGAUGAGGUCAUUCAGGAGGGUGAUUCAAUCUUAACAGAUCGAGUUUGGGAAGCAUUUGUGAAGUCGUUUGCAAGUCAGAUGAAAUCUGCAUUCACUGCCUCAAGCUUUGUGAAGGAAAUAUUUACAUUAGGCUACCCAAAACUUUAUUCUAUGAUCGAGAAUGUGUUAGAACGAGUAUCACGUGAAACAGAUGUGAAAGGGGUUUUACCAGCUAUCAGUUCAGAAGGAAAGGAGCAAAUGCGUGCUGCAAUUGAGAUUUUCCGAACAGCAUUCUUGGCCCUAUGUUUAAGUCGCCUCUCAGACCUUGUCAAUAGUAUAUUGCCGGUUUCUAACCGUGGAAGUGUUCCCUCCAAGGAACACAUAUCAAGAAUCAUAUUGCGUAUCCAGGAAGAGAUUGAAGCUGUUCAAUUUGAUGGACAUUUGACUCUUUUGGUCCUGCGAGAAGUCGGGAAAGUUUUGCUUCUCUUGGCUGAAAGAGCUGAAUAUCAGAUAUCAACUGGACCUGAAGCCAGGCAGAUAACCGGUCCUGCAACUCCAGCUCAACUGAAGAACUUCAUGUUGUGUCAGCAUCUCCAAGAAAUUCAUACCCGCAUAUCCGCGUUGUUGUCAGGAUUAUCUCUUGAAGCAUCAGAAGUCCUGUCUCCUUCACUAGGUGUUGUAUAUGGGGUGGCCUGUGAUUCAGUAGAAUCCUUAUUCCAAGCUAUGUUGGAUCGUCUUCAGUCAUGCAUCUUGCAAAUUCACGAACACAACUUUGGCGUUAUAGGCAUGGAUGCUGCCAUGGAUAAUAAUGCUUCACCUUACAUGGAGGAGUUGCAGAAAUGCAUUCUCCAUUUCCGCAGCGAGUUCCUCUCAAGGUUGCUGCCUUCCUCCAAAACCGCUGCAGCAACUGGAACUGAAUCAAUAUCCACCAAGCUCGCCCGCGGCAUGGCGUCACGGGUCCUAAUGUUCUUCAUAAGGCAUGCCUCUCUUGUGAGACCCCUUUCGGAGUCGGGUAAAUUGCGGAUGGCUCGGGAUAUGGCUGAGUUGGAAUUAGCCGUGGGUCAGAAUUUGUUCCCGGUGGAACAGCUUGGAGCUCCAUAUAGAGCCCUUCGAGCAUUCCGUCCUGUUAUCUUCUUGGAUACUUCUCAACUCGAGGCAUCGCCACUGCUUCAAGAUCUGCGUCCUAGUACUAUUCUUCACCAUCUCUAUUCUCGAGGACCAGAAGAAUUGCAGUCACCAAUGCAGAGGAAUAAACUCACACCUCUCCAGUAUUCCUUGUGGUUGGAUUCCCAAGGUGAGGAUCAAAUAUGGAAGGGAAUCAAAGCAACACUUGACGAUUAUGCCACGUUAGUGAGGUCUAGAGGGGACAAGGAGUUCGACCCUGUUUAUCCCAUAAUGCUUAGAAUAGGAUCUUCCCUUUCAGAAAACUCGUCGCAAUCAGAGAGGACUUAAAUUUUUUAUGGGCAGCUGUCAACAGCUGCAGACUAUAUGUUCUACAAACUCAAGUGCCCUUCUACCGGAUUGAUUGCCUAGUUAGGAAUACUUUGGUUGGGCAAAUUCUGCCAAAAGGAUAUAAUGGGUCUCUCUCAACUUCGGAGCAGGAAACGACGUGCUUUGUCACUGAAUGUGUACUUUUUUGUAAGUCGUGAUUCAUUGUAGGCUCAUUGUGUCAGUACAAAUACAAUGCUGUUCAUAUACCCAGUACUUGAGACUGUCCAUUCAACAUUUUCUGCCUUGUGGUUCUUCUGUGUUUGUUAUACAUCCAUACUAUAUUAUAUAUACUACUUACUAAUGUAGUGAUUCUUGGAUUUUUGAGAUA